AUGGGGUUCAUCACAGUGAAUGAAGCCGCUAUAGACAAGGCAUUCAAGGCGAAUCCCGCCCUGCAAGGACGCAUUCUCGAAGCUAUCUCUGAGUAUCCCCAAUGCGUCGGUCUGUUCGAAGACAUCGCACGGUUCAUUUGCUCUGAACGGGAAGCCCACCAGAGCCAGCUUCACAGCGCUUACAGCAUAGCACCUGCUACGGAGAGCCUGCAACAACAACAUAUCACGCCAGUUGAAGGACCUGCCGCUAAGAAAAGGAAAGUGGCUAAUGGAUUCGCUGGGUCUGCUGCGCCUGGGGCGAUGGGAGGAGAAGACUCUGCGUUGAUUGCUGGCAUACAAGGGGAUGCCGACUUGCAGUUAUACGUGCAAGACCUCUCUUUUACCAUCCCUCAAAGAAAGAAGCUCAGACUGGAGUUUACGCAGGACCUGGGAGGUGGGAAUGAAUAUAUUAGAGCUAGGAAUCAGGCUUCUGGUGAGGUUGAAUUCGGCGUUCCUGUUGGCAAAAUCGAACAUGUCCUUUGCCUCCCAGUCCCGGAAAAGGCUCAGCGCCAGUUUAAUUUCUGCAUUAUACCAGAGUACAAGGAUGGAAUCACCAAUGCUCCGGAUGGAGUGAUUACGUUUGAACCUAUAGUUUGGACGGUGCCUGAUGCACCUCCUCGAAGUGCAUAUUUGGGGUCAGGAACCCCAGUUUCCGAGAGUGCGAGCUUAGCGGAGACAUAUCAGACAUACUUCCAGAGUUUCCUAGACGGAAAAUUGAAGCAUGUCAAAGUAUUAUGUCCUGACGAGAAAGAGUUCGUGAGCGCCACCCCCGAAGCUCACCGAAAGUCCGAGAAGGCAUAUCACGUCAAGGCCUUCCGAGGCAGUAAAGAAGGGUACCUCUUCUUCCUGGCUAGCGGGAUCUUCUUUGGUUUCAAGAAGCCUGUUUUGUUUAUUGCAUUUGAAAAUGUGGAGUCUAUUUCAUAUACAGCUGUGCUUCAGCGGACAUUCAACCUGAACAUAACAACACGCUCGGCCGCGAAGCCAGACGAAAUGCAGGAGCUGGAGUUCUCAAUGAUUGACCAGGCGGACUAUCCGGGGAUUGAUGCAUAUAUCAAGAAACAUGGCUUACAGGAUGCCAGUCUAGCUGAGGAGCGCCGUGCAAAGAGGCUUAAUAUUAAUGCACCAAGGGGCGGAGAUGGGGCUGACGAUGGAAGUGGAAUGAAUGACGGGAGCGUUCCGCAAGCAGAGGAAGAAGAGUCCGAGCUGCAGAAGGCCCAGAGGGAACUCGAGAACCAACAAGCAGACGAAGAAGAUGAAGAGGAGGAUGACUACGACCCCGGAAGUGAAGGGGAGAGUGAAGGCAGUGGUUCGAGUAGUGAGGAGGAGGGAGACGACAAUGCACAAGGUGCGUGA